AUGGGGCGUAACAGUCGAAACCUUGCUCGUCGCUCGAAAGAGUCGAAACCGUCGCAGACAGCAGAUAGUGCCAAUGUGGACGCUGGAACAUCUCCGAAUGUCAAUCUCACUAAAGAUCGCCGUCAAGAACAGAGCAAGAACGAAGAACCCGCCUCCUCCGUUUACCCUUUUAUCAGACUCCAGUAUGAGCGCGCUCUCGAGGCCGUCGGCCAGGGAAACCACGCCGAAGCUCUAAGGCUCAUGGAAGAUGCAUGUCUUCGCCAUGAAAACUUUGGCAUUGCCUAUCACGCUCAAAGUAUUGUUCAUUCUCAAGUAGCUUCUCUGAUCGACAACGACAAUACCACCAAGCAACGGCACCUGAAGAGGGCUCUGGAGUCGGCUCGACGGGCGGCUACUUUGUCUCCCAACUCGAUUGAAUUCGCUUCUUCUUACGUGAUUCUACUUUAUGAUUUGUCGAGUGAUGCUAAAGAUUAUGAAUUGGUAGUGAGGGAGUGUGAACGGGCAUUGUCAAUUGAUAACCCGGUCGACCCUGCCAAAGACAGUUUACAAGAGGAGGAGCAAUCAAACGUGUCCACUGCCGAAGUGCGAAUUUCAAUUGUGGGACAGGUAUUGCAGACGCUUAUUGGGAAAUCUAGGUCUGCUUUGGCGGCGCAGAAUCUUGGAGAUGGCGAGGGUAAUCUCAGAGAGACAAUUGAGUCACUUAAGGAGCGGGAAAGGGAAAUCUUGGAUGAACUGGCUGAAGCGAGACAUUCGGAGAAAAUGUUAGAUCCUACGAAUUUGGAAGGUGAUGAAGAGGGGGUGUCUUGUGUGAAUCCCCUGAUCAAUUCUGCGCAUGAUGCCCGAAAGAAACGUGCUACUGAUGCUUUGCUGAGAAAGCUCGACAUAACAGACAAGAAAGCUAAGCAGGCUCUAGAGUAUUGGAAGCCAAUGAGUAUUGAGGAAAAACGUGGACUGCUUGAACUCAGAAUUAGUGAUCUAAGGGAGCAUUUUAGUUCAAUCAAGGGAAGUUCAGUGGCUAAGAUUUUCUCAGAAGCAUUGAAUUUUGCUUUGAUGAACAAGAACUGGAAAUUCUGGCUCUGUUGCCUUUGUACUGACAAGUUUAUAAACUCAGAAUUGCUUUUAGACCAUAUUGAGGAAGAUCACGAGAUGAAUAUCCAAUGGGAGUUUCAACUGGGUGUUGUACCUGAGGAAGUUGAUGCUGCUUGGGCUUGCAUGCUUGUUGAUGGUACAUGGAAGCCAGUCCAUCCCUCAAGAGCUGUGAAAAUGAUUGAAGAACAGUCAAAAUGCCAGUCGGCUAGUCUUCUUGGUAUUAAGGAGUGGCCACUAUCUGAUGAUAUUGAGCGUGAAAAAUUACUUGAAAGGAUCUUUGGCUUGUUCCGAGUGCUCUUGACACACGGCUGUCUUUCUAUGAGCCAUCUUGACAACGUGAGACAGUAUGCCAUGAACCAGCUGCGGAAUUUUGUUCCUGCACAGCAGCUUUGCGUUUAUGGCCUGGACCAAACACCUUUCUGCAUCUGUUUUCUAGGACUUUCCCAGUUAAAGAAGAUCUUUAAGUUCUUGCUUCUUUUGUCUAACCAUUGCCGCUUAAACAUGUAUUCUAAUAAGGACACAGAUGAUAAAUUUAAUGAUCAGAAGGUGCCUGAAAUUUUGGAAAGGGUUGUUUUCAAUAGUGACUCAUCGUGUCUCCUUCUGGGUGAGAAUCUACUGCUAGGUUUUCCCACACAAAAACAUUCUUGUAAUGCUGCUGCUGCAAGUGAUUGUUGUUCUGGAGUCUGUACCAUCAGUGACAAGGAAGCUAAUAUUCCUCCAAGUGAUGAAGAUUUCAUACGUUGGCUGUAUACUUGUAGUCCAAUAGAAAUUCAGUUAGCAUCAUGGAUUCGUCAGCAAGAUUCAGUGAAAACUGAAGGAAUCAACAUUUUUAUUAAAAUGGAGAAAGCAUAUAGUAAGAUACAAGAAAUGUGUGUAACAAAAGGUGAACUUUUGAGCCAUUUUGGAGCAUUACAAGCAAUUCAGGCCAUCUGUGUUAAAGAACUUGAGAAGAGGAAACAAGGUGGAGAUUGUGUCCCUCAAAGUUAUGCAUCCCUCCUGAGAAGGCAUCAAGAAGUACUUGUUGGAUCAGAUAAAGAUGCUGUCACAUGCAGCAGUAGAGUUGAGUUAGAUGCUAUAUCAAGUAUACUUGCAGAGACUGAAUCUCAGAAUGUUAAUCAGCUGAAGUGGGAGGAAGGUUUGAUUUGCAUAAGUUCUUGGCCAAGUGAAGUGGAAAGUAGUGAACAUCUAAAUCAAGAAGAUGCUUGCAUUAGAAUUGCUAUUCAGAGGAAAAUUGAGCAGCAGUUUAUGCAGCUCAGCAAAUGUGAUGCAGAUAUGGUGAGAAUUGUUGGUGAUAUGCGUGGCACGUGGAAUGAGUUUGAUAACACAUUUACUGUUGACUAUCGAGCCUUCAUAUUGCCCCUUCUCAAGUUAUUCGUGCAGAAACAAUUGGAUGCUUUGGUAGAGAAAGAUGCAAAGCAGAAGUCAGAUGCAGCAGGUCUAUCUCUUUUAGCUGAGCUUGCACUAGAUGACAAGGAUGAUAACAGAGGUGGCAGUCACGUCAAUCAUCCUAGUAGAAAAUUGAAGGCCAAGAAAAAGAAUAAACCAAAAGUGAAGGGCUCAAAGGUUACUGGUAGCAACGAGGUAAACAUGCUGCCAGAGAGAAGUGCAGAAGUUCACUCCCCCAUAGGCUUUGAGGGUGACCAUCUGGAUGAUGAAAUAAGCAUGAAGGAUUCAAAGCAACGGCAAGAGGAAGAUCUGCAUGCAAUUCAGCUUGAAGCUGAGGAAAGACAGCUCGAAGAGAAAUUGGAGCAUCUAAGGAAGAUUGAGGCUCAAGCCAAGCAGAAUCGACUAGUUAAGCAAAAUAAGAAGUCCGGUGAAUCCAUGCCAUUACAAGCAGAGAACCUUCCCUUAACAAUAAGCCAAGGGGAGGAAUCCUCUGGAGAUCAUAGGGUCUUAUCAGCUGAUGUCAAACUAAAAAAUAUUAGUGGAUCAGAGAUAUUUGGGGCUGGAUUAAAAAAUGAUGUUGGUGAAUAUAACUGCUUCCUGAACGUGGUUAUACAGUCUUUGUGGAAUUUAAGAAGGUUUAGAGACAAGUUUUUGAGUAGACCGACAUCCACGCAUGUGCAUGUUGGAGAUCCAUGUGUUGUGUGCACAUUGCAUGAGACGUUCAAUGCCGUAAGUGCGGCAUGUGAAAAAGUUGGAAGUGAGUCUGUUUCUCCCACCCGUUUGAGAAUUGCUCUGAGCAAUUUGCCUCAUUAUAGGUCUUUCUUCCAAGAAGCAGAGAUGCAUGAUGCUUCUGAAGUUCUGGCAGCAAUUUUAAACUGUCUUCAUCUGGCGUUUGCUUCUGGUUCUGUCAUCUCUGAUACUGAAUUAUCAGCAGGAACCAAAUGCACGGACACUUUUGAUUGUGCUAGUGAAGCUUGUAUAGCUCAUAAAAUUCUUGGAAUGGACGUAUUUGUGAAAAUGAGCUGUUACAAGUGUGGAACUCAUUCCAGACAGUCGAAGUAUACUUCUUUUUUCUACUACAUAAAUGCAAGUACACUCAGAGAAGUGAAGGCUGCUUAUCCGGAAGACCCUUUUGAUCUACAUCUGAAGCUUGUUACAAUGGAUGUAUUGACUUGUGAGGUAGGAGACUGUGGCGAAAUUGGCUAUCUCCAAUACAUUCUUUCAACUCCUCCACGCGUGUUUGUGACAGUUAUUGGUUGGCAGAGUGCCAGUGAGAGUAAAAGGAAUAUAUCUAGAACAUUGAAAGCUCUGUCUACUGAGAUAGAUAUAGGUGUCAUCUUCAACGGAAUAGAUCGAGGGAAUAUUCAUUCCCUUACAUCAAUGGUUUGCUACCACCAAGAACAUUAUAUCAGCGUGGCUUACAGCCGUGCCUCCGGAAAGUGGAUCAUGUACGAUGACAGAACCGUGAAGGGUGUUGGCUGCUGGGACGAUGUUCUUUCCAUGUGCAAAAGAGGGCGCUUCCAAGUUCAGGUUCUCUUUUUCGAAGCUGCAAACUAGUUUUAUAGUAGCAUCAGAAUUCAUAGCAAACUAGUGGAUACGGAGUGAUUUUUCCUUGUAGCAUACAUAAAUACAUUUGUACGGAGAACAGAUUACAGAUGUGCAGUAACAAGAAGUUUAAUAUAGGAAAAGCAUAUUCCAAUACAGCCGGAACAA